GGAUUUCUACCCACCUAUAGCCACUUUGUUCCCCCCCAAAAGAAAUAUUCUUCCCUGCAUUUUCUCCAUCCGGACUUGCAGGAAUUUAGAGACGGACUAUGGCUUCAAACUGGUUCAUUUUGACGGGUUUGUGCCUGUGCUCUCUGUGGGUCGGUUUACUCGCUCAGGAUGGUAGACCGAACUUCCAAGAAUGCCCGGUGGACCUCUUCUUUGUGCUGGACACCUCUGAGAGUGUGGCCCUCAGGGCUAAACCCCCUGAGUUUUACAUCAACCAGAUCAAGACCUUCACCAAGAACUUCAUUGAUGAACUGAAAGACAUGCGACAGCCAUGUGAUCGUGAAGUUACCUGGAAUUCUGGAGCACUGCACUACAGUGAUGAAGUUCAACUGGUAAAGGGGCUAGUUGACCUGAAAACAAAGCGGGAUGAGCUAAAGACAAGUAUUGAUGGAAUCAACUAUAUUGGCAAAGGAACAUACACCGACUGUGCCAUCAAAGAGGGCAUCUCCCAGUUACUCAGAGCAGGCUCGUACUAUCAUGAGAAUAAAUACAUUGUGGUGGUAACGGAUGGUCAUCCCGUCACUGGAUAUAAGGAGCCAUGUGGAGGGAUACAGGAAGCAGCCAAUGAGGCCAGGCAGCAUGCUGUUAAAGUGUUUGCUGUGGCUGUUACACCUGACCAGGAGGACACUAGGCUAUCUAUUAUUGCCACAGACCAGAGCUACAGACAGAACUUCACAGCAGCAGACAAUACACGGAACACGCAGAUGCGCACCAUACACACUAUCAUCAACAUGAUUACAAAUGAGACCAAGGAUGUGUGUUGUUCUUUUGACUGCAAUGCACCAGGCGGGCCCAGAGGACCACCCGGGGAGGCAGGACAUAAGGGUGAGAUAGGCAGACCAGGGAUGCCAGGAGAGAAAGGAGAUGUCGGACCUAUGGGAAGUCCAGGUGAUCCUGGUCCUGUUGGGUACCAAGGAAUGAAGGGAGACAGAGGGCAGAUUGGUGAGAAGGGAUUGAGGGGCCUCAAAGGAUUCAAGGGUGAAAAAGGGCAGCCUGGAACUGAUGGAGUUGAUGGACGAAAGGGUGAGCCAGGGUUUCCAGGUCUGCCAGGCUGCAAAGGGUCCCCAGGGCCAGAUGGUUUGACAGGUGAACCAGGUCCUAAAGGAGAUCCUGGUCCUUAUGGUCCCAAAGGAGAAAAAGGUGACACUGGCAGAGAUGGUGAUCCAGGAAGACCUGGAAACUAUGGAACGUUAGGUGAUAAGGGUGACAGAGGGCCAAGAGGCGCCAACGGGGACAAAGGCGAGAGAGGAGAUGAUGGACCACCAGGGCAAGAUGGACCAAGAGGCGAAAGAGGAACACCAGGUGAGAAGGGUGAGCAAGGUUCCCGUGGUAACCGAGGUCCAAGGGGAGAGGCUGGGGACCCAGGCCCACGAGGUGAACAGGGGCGUGAGGGAUCAGCAGGGCCUAAUGGAGAUCCAGGUGAGCCAGGAAGGGCAGGGUCACCAGGUUACCGUGGUGAUGAGGGUCUUCCUGGACCAGAGGGACCUAAAGGGUCUAGAGGAAUCAAAGGCGCCCCGGGAGACAGAGGCCUUAUGGGAGAGAGAGGUGAAGACGGGGCAGUGGGUAAUGGAACUGAGGGUUGCCAUGGUUUCCAGGGCUAUCCAGGUCCCAGGGGAGAUCCUGGUGAGCCAGGAGGAAGAGGAACUCCUGGGCCCAAGGGAGAUGAUGGAGAGCCUGGUGACCCUGGAUUAGAUAACAACCAGCCAGGAUUACCUGGACCUAAAGGAGCAAAGGGUCAUCGUGGACCUGAAGGGAACAGUGGACCUCCAGGCCCACCAGGACCCCCUGGACCAGAUGAUUGUGAGAUCCUGGAUAUUAUCAUGAAAAUGUGCUCAUGCUGUGAGUGUAAGUGUGGACCAUUGGACAUUACUUUCAUUGUGGACAGCUCUGAAAGUAUUGGUGCCUCAAACUUUGCUAUCUCCAAGGACUUCGUCAUUACAGUGAUUGACAGAUUAAUCACAGAUAAGCAAGCUGAGUUUUCACGUGUUGCUGUGGUGCAGUACAGUGGAGCAGGGGCCCAGGAAGCGGUACAGCUCGGUGAUCCCAGCACCAGAACUAUCACAGAGUUCAAACAAGCUGUGAAAGAUCUCCGGUGGUUAGCAGAGGCCACAUACACGGGAGAGGCUCUUGAGUAUUCGCUGAACACCACAAUCCGCAAUAUUGUCACAGAAGGGACUGUGGUCCUGGUGCUAACUGAUGGGCGCUCAGACACCGUUAGGGACAAAGUGCCUUUGAAUGUGCUCUGUGACAAAGGGCUAACGGUGGGUGGUGUUGGGGUGAUAGACUACUCCGGCAGAACACCCAAUCAGGAACAACUGGAAGAUGUGGUCUGUAAAGCCGAUCCAAAACCAGGCUUCUCAUUUACUUUGAACAACUUUAAUGAACUUAUGGAUGUCAAGUUCCUGCAAGACCUAAUAACACAAAUCUGCCAAGAUAAGAAGUGUCCCAAUUACACAUGCCCAAUUUCCUUCAGGGAAAAUGCAGACAUUCUUAUCAUGAUGGACAGCUCAGCGAGUGUGGGAAGCAAGAACUUCCUGAUGUCCCGUGAUUUCACCCAGAAGCUUGCUGAGCGCUUUUUGUUUGCAGAGAGACCAAAGACUGUUCAGGUGCGAGUUGCUAUUGGCCAGUACAGCAACAAUGCUAAAAUGGAUGUUGACUUCUCCUCCAACUACACUCAAAUGGCAGCCCAAAUUCAGGCGGCUGACUUCCAGAAUGCUGGCACGGACAUCUUAGGUGCACUCAACUUUGCCGCCGAACGCCUCCGAGGUCCUCGCAACAGGAAGAAGAAGCUCGUGGUGUUUUCAGAUGGCCGCUCACAGGGCAUCACCUCAAACGUGAUUGAGAAGAGGGUAGAACAGUUGAGCAACGCUGGCAUCGAGCUCUACGUGGUGGCAGUGGGCACCCAGUUGAACGAAGGGAACCUGCGAUACCUGGUUAGCCGAGGGGGGCGAUAUGACGUUUCGUACGCCCACCGCCAUUUCUUCAAGGCUCCCGACUACCACACCUUGCUUCGGGGUGUCUUUCACAAAACUGUGUCCCGCAAAAUAUCCCUUGUUUGAGAAGUGGGCAUGUCUGAGGCUAAUGAAGAGCGGGUAGAGGGAGGGGCUCAGUGAAGUCACAUGUUCAACAAAUCCAUUAGGGUGGGACAGUAGUUCACAGGCAUCAUUUUUUUUAAAAAAAAAUAUUUUCAAGUGACUCAUAUCUCAAUUUAGAACAUAUAGGAUGUCUCAUGCUAUAGUUUCAGUUUAUCUUAAAAGACAGAAAUUGAUGGAACAGUGAAUGUGUCUAUACCAAGUUGUAUGCCAAUGAAAAGAAGAGGCCAAGCAAGGUAUAGGUUUUACUUUAAAAAAGAUAACAUGAGAUGAUUUUCUCAGUGAUUUUAUGGCCAACCUUUUAUGACUAUUUCAGCUUCAAAGUUGUACUGGAGUGAAAAAAGAUUGAAUUCUUUGAAUGUACUGUUUACCAGUAUAUAUACAUGAUUUUUCUUUUUUGACACAUCAGUAGUUAUAUGCACAAAGAAUGUGUCGGUUGCUGGUCAAGAGUUCUGCCUCUUUCUUUGAGAAAAGACCUAUUGCAUAUUUUCAACUUGGGUUUUAAAAGAAAAUACUGGUUGAAUUAAUAAAAAUUUUACUCUUGACCAUUACCAACUCUGAUUUUAUAUGCCAAACAUUCUCCUCUGUCUUCUUUCUUCGGUUUAUGUUUCCUGUGUGUACACUAGUCUCAGAAACAAGUUGCACUGUCUCUCUGUUUCAUUUUCAGUAUGCAUCAAUACAUAUCACUUGAAUAUUAAUGCGGUGCUAUCAGAGUACACUCAGGCUCCUGCAAUUUCUCUCUACACAGAACAAAAGACAAACUACUUCAGAGUUGUCAGAACACCUUAACCAAAGACAGAUUUUUUUUUACCACUAGAAUUGUGUAAAAUUUUAUACAUGUCAGAAAUGUACUUGCAAACAGCCUUGGGGCUGCUGUAGAGGUAUUUUCA